AUGGUUGUUAAUUUAACAAUUCGUUCGAUCGACUUCAGAUCGAGGCUGAACAUAUAUUCUGAACAUGCUGGAAGGUACCUUUGUUUUAAUAAAAGCUGGAAAUUAGUCGGAAUGCGUGAUAAAAGAAGAAAAGGUGCCAUGUGCGAAUUUUUAGAGACGGUGGAAUCAAGAGGUUACAGCAGGUAUCGUUCGAUAGCAAACGGUACACAUUUUCUCGCAUUUAAUUCGAAGGGUAAACCGUUAAGGUAUAAUCCACGUUUAUCAAUGGGAUACGAAGAAAAUUGUAUAAACUUUGUUAAAAUCGACGUGAGUUUUAACAUAACGAGACACAAUUCAAAAUUAUCCGGCGGAAGUAAUCAAAUACCGGAUAUAACGCGAUGGUAUUACAAGGACAGCACACAUUCGAGACGGCACAAGGGAAGAAAACGAAAAGCAUGA